GUAGAAACAGGAGGAGACCCUCCUCCCCCUCUCCGGCGCGCGACGCUCGCCGCCGCGCCUCCCCUCCCCUCCUCCGAACGACGUGGCUGCCGUGCGCCCGACCGGCCGGUGACGGACACGGCAGCUGCUACGAGAGGAGGAGGAUAUAUACUAGUAUAUAGCUAGAGCAAUUAUUAGCUGGUCGUAAGCAUGAAUCGACGAUUGGACAUGAUAGACAACAUCGACGGCCGUCGGGUAACCAAGAACAAGGCGCGCAUCCAAGUUGGCGACUCCUCUUCGUCGGACGAAAGCGACAGGGAGAAGGAGGAAGAUGAAGAAGAAGCACAUGAGGAAGUGGCCAAGGCGCCCCCGCUGGGUUGGAAUCAUCACAAUCACCACGAAGCGGCCGGCGGCAUUGGCAGCAACAGCAACAGGAGGCGGCUUCUGUCGAAGCAGCUGUCCAUGAAGGAGACCACCAGGGAGAUCAAAUGGGAGAAGCGCCGGCGGCAGAUACUGCGGCGCAGCAGCCUGGUGGUGUCGUUAAACGACGACGGAGGAGGAGGAUGCUGCGGCAGCAUGAAGAGCGCCGCCGAGGAACCGGAACGGCACUGUCAUCAUCACGUUACGAGGUCUUCGUCGGAGCGCGUAAUGAGGUGCCUGACCGACGAGGACCUGGACGAGCUGCGGGGCUCCUUCGAGCUCGGGUUCGGGUUCGACGAGGAGUCCGGCGGCGCCCACCUCCGCGACACGCUCCCCGCCCUCGACUUCUACUUCGCCGUGAACCGUCAGCUGUCCGACCCCGCCAAGCUGCGGACGCUGUCGUCGGCGGCGAGCCUCACGUCCACGCCGUCGGCCGUGUCCUCGUCGUCCACGCUCCCCGACGUCCCGAACGACCCACGCAGCCCCAAGGUCGGCGCAACCGCCGCGUCUGGCGGCGGCGCCGACGCAUGGAAGAUUUUUACGCCAGGUGACAACCCUCAGCUUGUGAAGACGAGGCUGAGGCACUGGGCGCAGGUGGUGGCUUGCUCCAUCAAGCACGGCUGAUAAGACGACGCGCGGACGGACGAUGUCCUGUGUAGUCGAGAGCAAUAUGUUAUAUAGGUGGGUGGCCAAAUUAAAAUGUGAAACUCUUGAUGAAUGAAUUAAUAACCAGCAACCACCAAGAAUGAUCGAUGUCUAAACACGCGUGGUCGCCGUUGUCGUCUGUCAUUCCUCGUGUACAGAAGAAGCUUAGUGCCUAACACAUGAAUUAACGGUACACUGAAUC